GAACUACCGACACUGAUGGACGACCCAUUAUACUCUGCUAUGCCGAGUGUAUCUCGAGAGCGGGUCUGAACAAAUACGAAAUCGCAAAGCUGUUGUUGUAUUAUUUUAGUAUCCCCACAUUGGAGAGUCGAGAAAAAGGAUUCACGGUACUUCUUUUAGCCGAAAACGAAGCUGACUAUAGGGUUCUGGAAGUAUUGGACAAAUCCAUUUGUCUAAUUGUGAAUUCUGCGAAAAUACAUAGGUUUCUGAUUUGGACACCAGGGCUGAAGGAGCACAAAGAAGUGAAGCCAUUAUCUAGUCGUGCACAGGUCACACUAAUUUCAGAGGAAUCAUACUUGAGACGCUACAUAUCUCGAGAUCAGACUCCAGCCAGUUGCGGCGGAACUUGUACUCAUGAUCAGCUCGAGUGGGUGGAAUUUUUCAAGCAACUGGAACCUUUUUUGGCGGCCUGCAAGAUCGCUGGAAGAAGCCUUCUAACGACGCUAUCACAGCUCAGAAACGAAGAGGUGCCUCAUCAAAUAACACGUAGAUUUCUCAAUCAUCAGUGCAGGCAAAUUUCCAAAGCUCUGGAUUCCGAGAACGUACAAAAGCUGAGAAGAGAGGGAAGAAAGACUUUGACUAGUUUGGCAGAAAGGAGGCAAUGGUUGGCGAACAGCAAAGACGUUAAAAGGAACGCUAGCUUAGCAUACGAUUCCUUCGAAGCAGUAGAGAGAGUGACGAAGAGACUGGAACAGCUCAAGCUGGAGAGGAUGGAGAGGCUGAAGGAGCUGGCCAGGUACAGGACUUUGCAGGAAGAAGCUGAUGGGCAUAAUACUAACCUGGACUCCGAUCUAGCAUUCUAG